AGGUGGGUCCAACGCUGCGCGCGCUGAGUGAUGCAGGGUACACCAUGGCGCAGUGGGUGGGGGAUCAUUUGCACCUAUCAGGAGACAGCAAGGGUGACUUCUUCCAAGACCACCGAACUGCCGAUCAUCUUCACAAGUUCGUGGAGUCUCACUUACCCGAUGCUGGUCCCAGCGUUGCGGCGCCAAAGGUUGGCAAACUUGAUGGCCAGAUGGAGAAGGUGCAGCCAGAGGUUCAGCCAGUGGUGGCAGCCGCGGCCGCGCCUCCAGAUACCGAGGCUUGGGGUGGAGGCCGGAUGGUGGAGUUCUUCGCGCAGAGCUGCCCCCAUUGUCAACAUUUGGAGCCUGUGUGGAAGGACGCCAGCAGCAAGUGGCUGGCGGAUCACCAGGAGGCCAACAACGUCAAGUGGGAACAGAAGGAGUGCUACGGGGGGGACUGGGGCGAGGGGAAGGACCACGACGAGUGCAUGAAGGAAGGCAUCCACAGCUUCCCCACCAUCAGGUUUUACAGUAAGUCUGGCAACAAGUUCGCCAAUUUUACGGAGGAGCGUAGCCCGGAGAGGUUGUUGGGGUUCGCCGCCUCCCACAGCGCAGCGCCCGAGCGGGUGGCCCCGCUGGAGGAGACUCGGGGGGUGGCUGCGGCUUCCGCGCCCAUGGCCGCGGUGCCUCCCGCCGGGGUGAAGGUGGUGGAGUACGUGGCAAAGAGCUGUCCCCACUGCCAACACAUGGAGCCAGUGUGGAAGCAGCUACAGUCCAAGAAGGAUGUCUUGUGGGAGCAGAAGGAGUGCUUCGCCGAGGGCUGGGCUCCUGGCAAAGACUUGGAGG